AUGGCUGACGAUCCCCAGAGAAACUUCCGAUCAGCAUAUUAUGAAAAAGUGGGUUUCAGGGGGGUUGAAGAGAAGAAAUCACUGGAGAUAUUGUUGAAGGAUAAUCCACUGGAUCUAGAAAAGCUGAGCACCUUCAGUCAGAGGUUCCCUCUGCCCUCCAUGUACAGGAUUCAUGUGUGGAAAGUGCUAUUGGGUAUCCUGCCCCCCCACAGCGACUCUCACGCUCUGGUUGGAGGCUACAGGAAAGAGCAGUAUGAGGACAUUGUGGAGGCUCUGGAGGUGAUGAGGUACAUCAACACCUCCACACCCUCCACCCACAUCUACCUGCGCAUGUUCCAGCUGGAAAACCAGGUCCUCCCACGGUGCUCCGAAACCUCUCCCCCGGAUGAAGAAAAUGAAGACUUUCUGUCCAUCAGCCGUGCCAUGGAGGAGAUAGUAGAUGAUCGUGUAGACUGCUAUUGGCUGAUAAAGUGUUUCAUCAGCCAGUUUCACACAAAGUUUGGAGACUCGAUGCCUCACCUGCCAAAGAGCCUGGAGCAUUAUCUGAGCCAGGAGGAGCCUCGGCUGCUGAACCAUCUGAAGGUCUGCGGCGUGCUGGCUCAGCUGCCGUACGGCCUCUGGUUCCGCCGCUGCUUCGCUGGCUGCCUGCCUGAAUCCAGCCUGCAGAGGGUGUGGGAUAAAGUGAUCAGUGGUUCCUGUAAGAUCCUGGUGUUCGUGGCCUUGGAGAUCCUGCUCAGCUACAAGAUCAUCUUGAUGGGUAUCAGUCGACCGGACGGCAUGGUCAAAUUUCUGUCAAAUAUCCCGCAGGAAAACACGGACGCCAUUGUGACCAAAGCUAUUGACUUGUGGCACAAGUAUUGUGGAAACCCGGUUCAUGCUGUGUAG